UGUCUUCAAACAAGUCCGCGCCCCCUUCCUGUUUCCAGAGCUGCGGGUCGCUCUUCAUCCUUUGCAGAAUGAAAGUUGCGUCCGUGCUUUCUGGAAACUGUUUAAAACUCACCGCCAGGACCUAGAACCAGUCAUUUUUAUGAACUGCUCCACCGUCUCGGCGUAAAAGCCGCCAUCGGUAAGCCAGAAGGUUCCGGCUGAGAGGAGAAGACUGCUGCGGGCCUUUUCUGGGAUGGCCGGCGGAAGGAGAGGACCGAACCGGACCUCCUACUGCCGAACCCCCUUGAACGAGCCGGGCUCCGUGGGCAAUGGGAACCACUCCACCAGCUCCCCCGUCACGUCGGUCCGGUCCCGCGCCCGGAGUGGCUCCGGCACGGGGAUGUCCAGCCCGCCCCUGGCCGCCCAGACGGUGGUGCCCCUGAAGCACUGCAAGAUCCCAGAGCUGUCCAGGGACAAGAGCGUGCUGUUCGAGCUCCACCUCUUCUUCUGCCACCUCAUCGCUCUGUUUGUCCAUUACAUCAACAUCUACAAGACCGUGUGGUGGUACCCUGCCUCGCACCCCCCCUCCCACACCUCCCUGAAUUUCCACCUCAUUGACUACAACCUGCUUGUCUUCACUAUCACUGUGUUGGCGCGCAGGCUGAUCGCAGCCAUUGUGAAAGAGGCCUCUCAGAGCAGCCGGCUGUCGGUCCCUCACUCCGUCUUCCUGGUGACGGCCCGGUUCGCGGUCCUGACGGGGACGGGCUGGAGCCUGUGUCGCUCCAUGAUCUAUCUCUGCAGGACGUACUCGCUCCUCAACCUGCUGUUCCUGUGUUACCCGUUCGGGAUGUACCUCCCUUUCUUCCGGCUGAACUGCGACGUCCGGGGGCCCGGCCUCCUGGCCCCGGUCACCAGCAUCGGCGCCAGGGAGGGCGGGCCGGCGCACGGGGGCAGGGGCAAGGACUACCUGAGCGUGCUGAAGGAGACCUGGAAGCAGCACACCAGCCAGCUGCGGGGGGAGGAGGCCAUGCCCACCCACGCCUGCUGCCUGUCGCCGGACCUCAUCCGCAAGGAGGUGGAGUACCUCAAGGCAGACUUCAACUCGCGCAUGAAGGACGUGCUGGUCAGCUCCAUGCUCAGCGCCUACUACGUGGCCUUCGUCCCCGUCUGGUUUGUGAAAAGCACGCAGUACUAUGACAAGAGGUGGUCCUGCGAGCUCUUCAUCCUGGUGGCGGUCAGCACCUCCGUGAUCCUGAUGCGCCACCUGCUGCCCCCACGCUACUGCGACCUCCUGCACAAGGCCGCCGCCCACCUGGGCUGCUGGCAGAAAGUGGACCCCUCCCUCUGCUCCAACGUCCUGCAGCACACGUGGACAGAAGAGUACAUGUGGCCACACGGAGUCCUGGUCAAACACAACAAGAAUGUCUACAAAGCAAUGGGUCACUAUAAUGUAGCAGUUCCUUCGGAUGUAUCACAUUAUCGAUUUUAUUUUUUCUUCAACAAGCCCUUGCGAAUAUUGAACAUCCUUAUCAUCCUGGAGGGGGCAAUGAUAUUCUACCAGCUCUACUCCUUGAUCUGUUCAGAGAAGUGGCACCAGACGAUAUCGCUGGCUUUAAUCCUCUUCAGUAAUUAUUAUGCCUUCUUCAAAUUACUCCGGGACAGGAUAGUACUAGGGAAGGCUUACUCGUAUUCCUCAAGCAGCACUUCUGACCAGAAAAUAAGUUAAAUGUUGCCAUGGAACAACUACAGAAUAUGCCAGAGAGCUUUGUAUUUUUUCUACAAGUGCUUUUUUUUCUUCGUGUCGUUGUUGUUUGUUUUUGGUUCUUUUCUGCCAU